GUCACGGCAGUGUGGGAACUUUCGCCAGAUCGGCCUCCUCGUCGCGAGCUCGGAGGGGAGGGGAGCACGCCAUCGUCGUCGGAGUUGAAGCCGAAGUAGAGCCGGCUCCGCGUCGUCGAGGUCCGCUUCGCGCGUGGCUGUUCCCGCGUCGUCGAGACGCGCGGUCGACGAGCGCCGCCUCCGCAUGCUUGAGACGCGCGGCCCGACGAGGCACGCGGCCGACGAGCGCCGCUUCCGCGUGCUCGAGGCGCGCGGCCGUGGAGCUCCGACUCGCGCGCGGCUGUUCCAGCGCGGCCUCUCAACAGUGGCUCAAAAUUUGGCGUGCAACCUUCGCUCAACCAAACACUAGUCUGGCGUGCAACCUUUGCUCAACGGUGCCUAAAAAUUUCAAGAUCAUUAGGGCGAGGAAAAGGCAAAAGCACCCCAAAUUUGGCAGGAAGCACAUCCCACCUGAUCGUUUACCCUUUUCCUGCCACGGCGCGGCAGUCCAGCUCACCGCCCCUUUCCUUCGUUCCUCGAACCGCUCCUCCCCUUCGGCUUCCGCUUCGUGUCUCGCCCGCACUCCCAAACGCCAAAACAAACCAUCCAUAUAAAUCCCCCCGAGGAAUCUAUGACCGGCGAGGAGGAGCAGGAGCACGGUGGCCACAGGUACGUCAGGAUGCCUCCGGAGCCGCCCGAGCCGGAGGGGUUGGCCGCCGCGUCGUCGGCGUCGUUCCGCCUGCCGGAGUCGGUGCGGGUGUUCGACGAGCUGCCGCGGGCCAGGAUCGUCCAGGUCUCGCGCCCUGACGCCGGGGACAUCACGCCCAUGCUGCUCUCCUACACCAUCGAGGUCCACUACAAGCAGUUUAGGUGGCUUCUAUAUAAGAAGGCCUCACAAGUGCUAUAUCUACAUUUUGCAUUGAAGAGACGUGCAUUUCUUGAAGAAUUCCAUGAGAAACAAGAACAGGUCAAAGAAUGGCUUCAAAAUUUGGGGAUAGGGGAGCAUGUGCCAGUUGUACAUGAUGAUGAUGAAGCCGAUGAUGUGCAUGUUCCUUCACAGCAUGACGAAAACUCUGUCAAAAACAGGAAUGUCCCUUCAAGUGCUGUUUUACCUGUUAUUCGACCUGCCCUUGGCCGUCAGCAAUCAAUUUCUGAUCGUGCAAAGGCUGCCAUGCAAGAAUACUUGAACCAUUUCUUGGGAAACUUGGAUAUUGUCAACUCAAGAGAGGUCUGCAAGUUUUUGGAAGUUUCACUGUUAUCAUUUCUGCCAGAAUAUGGGCCUAAGCUAAAGGAAGAUUAUGUUACAGCAAGGCACUUGCCGAAAAUUGAGAUGGACAGUAAAGAGAGAUACUGUUCAUCCUGUUGUUUUAGUUUUUGCAGUAGUAGCUGGCAAAAGGUUUGGGCUGUACUGAAGCCAGGAUUCUUGGCUUUACUUCAAGAUCCAUUUGAUCCUAAGCUCUUGGACAUAAUUAUUUUCGAUGUGUCACCUUGCACUGAUAGAGAUGGAGAUGACCAAACCACUCUAGCAAAGGAGAUAAAGGAACGUAAUCCAUUGCAUUUUGGAUUUGAGGUAUCUUCUGGGGGGCGGACAAUAAAAUUGAGAACAAGAAAUUCAGUUAAGGUAAAGGAUUGGGUUACUGCAAUAAAUGCUGCUCGACGACCCCCAGAGGGCUGGUGUCACCCUCACCGUUUUGGUUCAUUCGCACCACCUAGGGGUUUGACUGAAGAUGGUAGUGUCGUACAAUGGUUCAUAGAUGGCCAUGCUGCAUUUGAUGCUAUUGCUUCUUCCAUUGAGGAAGCCAAAUCAGAGAUAUUUAUAACUGACUGGUGGCUGUGCCCAGAAUUGUAUCUUCGUCGCCCCUUUCACUUUCAUGGAUCCUCUAGGCUUGAUAUUCUUCUGGAAUCAAGGGCGAAACAAGGGGUACAGAUUUACAUUCUUUUGUACAAGGAAGUAUCUCUUGCGUUGAAAAUCAACAGCAUGUACAGUAAACGGAGGCUACUUAACAUUCAUGAGAAUGUUAAAGUUCUGCGCUACCCAGAUCAUUUCUCGACUGGCAUAUAUCUAUGGUCUCACCAUGAAAAAAUUGUUGUUGUUGAUAAUCAAGUAUGCUAUAUUGGAGGUCUUGAUUUGUGCUUUGGUCGUUAUGAUUCCCCUGAGCAUAAAGUUGUGGAUUUUCCUCCAUCAACAUGGCCAGGAAAGGAUUACUACAAUCCUAGGGAAUCUGAGCCAAAUUCUUGGGAGGACACAAUGAAAGAUGAGCUGGAUCGUACUAAAUAUCCUCGCAUGCCUUGGCAUGAUGUUCAGUGUGCACUUUAUGGUCCAGCAUGUAGAGAUGUAGCAAGGCAUUUUGUUCAGAGAUGGAAUUAUGCGAAGAGGAAUAAAGCACCAAAUGAGCAAGCAAUCCCAUUAUUAAUGCCUCAUCAUCACAUGGUAAUCCCUCAUUACAUGGGUACAGGCAAGGAAACAAAUGGGGUAAUGGAGAGUAAACAGAACCUUGAUAAGGAUAUUAAGUUUAAUAGGUUAAACUCCUUGACCACACCAGCAUCAUGUCAGGACAUUCCGUUGCUUUUGCCACAUGAACCUGAUCACCAUAUAUUUGCAAGUGGAGAUUUUGGACUGAAUGGCAUGAAUAUCACCAAUGGUCUUUCAGAUCAUGCGAAUAAAUCCAAUUGGAACCAGCAGCCAGUUUCCAACCGAAAGGCCAAACAAGACCUUUCUUUACAAGAUUUACAGAUGAAAGGAUUUGUGGAUAAUAUCGGUUCCCCUGAGGUUUCAGUGUCUAAGCACUAUAGCACCUCAAAUCCAAAUAUGCAACACAUAGAUAAGGAGUGGUGGGAGGCACAAGAACGAGGAGAUCAAGUUGCCUCUGUGCUUGAUGUUGGAGAAGUUGGUCCCCGAGCAGCAUGUCGUUGCCAGGUCGUUAGAAGUGUUGGCCCAUGGUCAGCAGGAACAGCUCAAAUCGAAGGAAGCAUCCAUAAUGCCUAUUUUUCUCUUAUUGAAAAGGCAGAACAUUUUGUUUACAUCGAGAAUCAGUUUUUCAUUUCAGGUCUUUCAGGGGAUGACACAAUUAAGAAUCGUGUAUUAGAAGCACUAUAUAGGCGCAUACUUAGAGCAGAAAAAGAGAAAAGGCGCUUCCGGGUUAUUAUUGUCAUACCACUUUUACCUGGUUUUCAGGGUGGCAUUGAUGAUGGUGGAGCUGCGUCUGUGAGGGCAAUUAUGCAUUGGCAAUACCGAACUAUUUGUAGAGGACCUAAUUCAAUUCUUAAAAAUCUGUAUGAUGUGGUUGGCUCGAAGGCGGAUGAUUAUAUCUCAUUUUAUGGGCUUAGAGCACAUGGAAGAUCAGAUGAUGGGGGUCCUCUGGUCACCAAUCAGAUAUAUGUGCACAGUAAAUUGAUGAUUAUUGAUGAUCGCAUGGCAUUGAUUGGCUCAGCCAACAUAAAUGAUAGAAGCUUGCUUGGAUCUAGGGAUUCUGAGAUUGGUAUAAUUAUUGAAGAUAAAGAGGUUGUCAGUUCUAUAAUGGAUGGAAGACCUUGGGAAGCUGGAAAGUUCUCCCUCAGCCUACGACUUUCUCUAUGGGCAGAACACCUUGGUCUUCUUCCAGGAGAGGUUAGUUGCAUUAUGGAUCCUGUGGAUGAUUCAGCGUACAAAAACAUCUGGAUGGCCACUGCUAAGGAGAAUACCGUGAUCUACCAUCAAGUAUUCUCAUGUGUUCCCAACGAUCACAUCCAUUCUAGGUAUCAAUUUCGCCAAAGUUUUGCUCAUCGUAAGGAGAAAAUUGGCCACACAACCAUAGACUUGGGUGUUGCCUUAGAAAACCUGGAAACGCAACAGGAGGGAGACCUGGCAUGUGCCAAACCAAUGGAACGGUUGCAGGACGUUCGGGGUCAUAUUGUUUGCUUCCCUUUGGAGUUCAUGUGCCAAGAGGACUUGAGACCUUUCUUCAGUGAGAGCGAGUAUUAUACAUCUCCACAAGUUUUCCAUUAGGGCUUGUUCGGUUAUUUCAAUUUCAUGUGGAUUGGUGUGUAUUGGAGUGAAUUAGGAUGAAUUUUGACUUGCUAUGGAUUUAAACUGACUCAAUACCAUCUAAUCCACAUGGAUUAAUGUUGAAACGAACAAGCCCUUAGUGUUUAUUUUCCCGCUUUUGGCGAAAGUCCGCCCAUAGGUACAUGUUAUAGGGUUAUUAUACUUGUAUAUGCCUAGAUCGUGUCUCGUGCCUGGAUGAAUAGGAAAAACAAAAACAAAGGAACAACCAUAUCCUUGCUAGUUUCGGGUAUAUAGGAUAUGACGGCCAAGAUUUGUACAGAUCGUUUAUCAGAGUUAGUUCGGGCAGCAGAUGUUGCCCUAUUAGAUGAAUUCUUUUAUGCAAAAUAAAAUGCACUUAAAGCUGAAUUUGAUGCCUUGUAGUCUUGUACAUUGAGCAUUGGCAGAUUCUGUUGAAAUUUGUUAUCUGAUCAUUAUUGUG